AUGUGGCGUGACGUCAUAGGCAGCUCUCGGUCCAGCGCGUCCCAGCUAGCUAGCGCUGUUUCAGCACGGGUCGGCCGGCGACAGUCCGUUUCGUCUACGUUCGCCGAGAUUCCAUUGAAGAGCACGUGACUCUGCUUCCUGAAGCAGACUGCGACGACCUGUUUUGCGUGUCUAUCACAUCGCAGCGUAGUUCCUUCAAUCAUCCAGCUCCUGCCAGAGCCGAGAUGUCAUCUGCAAACUUUCACGUCCCGUCUCCUGUACGACAAUCUUCACGCCGCACGGAGAGCAGAGGGCAGCAGAGACGUCGGCAUCGUGAGCGAGCUGAGCCUCCUCCGUACAACCCGACUCCUGCUCUAAUCGCACGGUCGCCACCCCCAAUCGAUCAACACGACGUCGCGCAAACUGGUUCGUCAAGUCAAUCUGCACCGGCAGCACGUCACGUCCGGUAGUGUCGACCAGUGCGCCAAUUCCGCCGUUAGGGGCCCCGCCAGCGUGUCACGGCUUGCCGACACUGGGCUUCACUCCACGUCGUUCCGCGGCCUUCCGCGACAUUCUAUGAACCCGAUUUAAACUGAGGCGCAGGCUUCUCCAUUCUUCUCCCUCCUGCUCUUCACACCUUACCCAUCGCACCUGAUCCCAUCGCCACCUCGAGCUCGCGACGUCCGAAGCGGUCGUCGUGGAAGCUCUGCAACGAAUACGGGAUCAAGAAAUGCCUGCCGCAUGCAACAUAGCUACGAAUUCGAGUAAGUAACUUCAUGAACUGUGCUCUCCGGUGUGGGAUUGUUCAGGAGCUAAUGGAGAACUACCAAGCAGCAAUUUCCUUCAACACGUCCUCUUUGAAUGUCAACCCUCGAGUUGUUUCUUCACCGUCAGCUGGUGAUACGGCAUGCUUGAGUUAUCCCUUGACAUGGCUGUCAGUCUUAGAUAUGACGGAAAAAUUGAUACGAAGAACAGACAUUGAACGUCAGUGACACAGCGGAAGGAUUGACUUCGUACGGUUGAGAAUCCGGGUCAUUGGGACACUAAAUGUGAGUCUUCACUGCCAUUGCUACAGAUGGACAACAGCAAUAAUGCUGAUAGUUGUAACGAAUCACGCCAGAAAACAGCCUCUGGUCGGGUGAAUUGCGGCUCACCAUCCCGUGGCAGAUCCUCAACGGCUCGGUUCGGUUCUUGGCAGGUGUGUGCCAAUCUUUCAAAAGCAAAACGCAGGGCAGCAUUACUAAUGACCGGUUGGACUGUAACAUCACAGGAAAUCCGAAGCAAUGCCUUUCCGUUAUUCCAUGGCUCGGUUCGGUGGAGUGACCGUCGUGUUGGCAGGUGUGUGCCAAUCUUUCAAAAACCGCAGGGCAGCAGGACUAACUGACCGGUUGGACUGUAACAUCACAGGGGUUCCGAAGCGAUGCCUUCCCGUUAUUCCACGUCAUCGCCUGCACAAAUCGUCGACGCUUGCAUCAUGAAUGGCGACUUCUGGGGGGAUCUCUCUGUAAGUAGUAGUCCUUGCCUGACUUUUAGACCUAUACUAACAACAGCCCACGGUGCGAGCGCAGACAGACAUGCGUCUUCUGGCCGCUGCAGACCGCAUGACCGAAACGGAACGGGCAAAGGCAAUACGUCGAUAG